AGGCGGGCGCCCUCUACUGUUUUUAAAAAGGGACAGCUGAAUUCUUACUGGAAGCAGGCGUGCCGCCGGGCAAGGUUUUGCAGGCUCUGCUUCGAGGCUAGGAUUUAAGGAAUCGUACAUCAGUGGCGCAGACGAUGGGGGAAGGGAAGGGCAUGAUUCUCGCUUUCCAGACAAGUAAGUCCAGCCUUGGAGAAGGACGUGACUGUAGGCCCCGCGAAGAAAGGGAGGGGCCCCCGAGAGCCCGACUCGGCAGUCCCCGUCGCCCCUGGGCUACUGGGCGGAGGGAGCGGGGGCGGGAGAGACGCCGGAUCUGUUGGGGCGUGGCCUUAUGACACGACGUCACGUCUCCCUGCCCGGUAGCCCAUUGGUUCUCCAUUACCGCCCUUUUCCGGGGCAGGGAAACUGGCCGCAGAGCCGGAAGCGGGGUAGCCCUCGGGCUUGAGGGGGCGGCGGUGUGGAAAACAGAGAACCUGGUGCCAUUGGAGCUGGCCAGCUUCUCCAUUCAGGCUCCAGCCCGAGUUGAAGACCCCCAGGAUUCCGGUGGCCUAUGGAAAGGAUCGCAUCGCGAAGUAUCCGGCGCAGACCGAAAGAGCGCAGCCACUGAGAGCCGCCGGAAGCUUCGCCCCUAGGAGGAGUCGAGAAGCCUCGCCGUGGAGGAAGGAACCCAGAGGGCCUGCCCCCGGGGCGGAGCCCGCGGCCAUGGCCACGCCCCCGGGGGCCGGUCCCGCGGCUCUGCGCUUCGCCGCCGCCGCCAGCUGGCAAGUCGUGCGGGGACGCUGCGUGGAGCAUUUUCCGCGAGUAUUAGAGUUUCUGCGAUCAUUGCGCGCUGCUGCCCCUGGUUUAGUUCGCUUCCGCCACCACGAACGCCUGUGUAUGGGCCUAAAGGCCAAGGUAGUGGUGGAGUUGAUCCUGCAGGGCCGGCCGUGGGCCCAGGUUCUGAACGCCCUGCAUCACCAUUUCCCAGAGUCUGGACCUGUAGUGCGGGACCCCAAAGCAACAAAGCAGGAUCUGAGGAAGGUCUCGGAGGCACAGGAGACCUUUUGCCAACAGGUGAAGCAACUAGCAGAGGCCCCAGUGGACUUGGCUUCCAGGCUGCAGGAACUUGAACAAGAGUAUGGGGAACCCUUUCUGGCUGCCAUGGAAAAACUGUUUUUUGAAUACUUGUGUCAGCUAGAAAAAGCCCUGCCUGCACUGCAGACACAGCAGCUUCAGGAUGUGCUGAGUUGGAUGCAGCCUGGAGUUUCUAUCACUUCUUCUUUUGUCUUGAGCCAGUAUGGUGUGGACAUGGGGUGGCCACUUCCAGAGUGCUCUGUUCCCGAUUCAGCGAGCAUGACAGAGCCCACGGAGCAGAAUCCUCCUCAGCGACCAGAACUAGCACUUCACGAUCCUUUGCCAAAUGCUAGGCCUGGCCCACACCUACCUCAGGCACCAGCCUCAAGGAAGCACCAGGAACCUACGGCUGGCCACCACUUCAAUCUGGCCCCUCUAGGCCGGCGAAGAAUCCAGUCCCGAUGGGCAUCCACUAAGGGAGGCCAUAAGGAGCGCCCCACAGUCAUGCUGUUCCCCUUUAGGAAUCUGGGUUCACCAACCCAAGUCCUAUCUGAGCCUGAGAACAGGGAAGAACAUGGGACAGACAUGGCAGAUCCGGCAGGUGCUGGGGGCACGAGAGCAGCUUCCACUGGAAAGUCAAAGAGUCCAUCCCAGACCCCGGGGGGAAGGGCUCUGAAGGAGAACCCAGUUGAGGUGUUUGCUUCAGAGCAAGAAGAGAAUUGCCUGGUUUGCCCCAUGGACCCCCUGAGACUGUCAUUAUCCCCUCCUAGAGCCAGGAAGCCAUUGUGUCCUCCAUCUCUGUGCAGCUCUGUCAUUACCAUAGGGGACUUGGUUUUGGACUCUGAUGAAGAAGAAAAUGGCCAGAAGGAAGGAAGGGAGUCUCUGGAAAACUAUCAGAAGACAAAGUUUGACACCUUGAUCCCCACCUUCUAUGAAUACCUCCCCACUUCUGGCCCCAGUGCCAUGUCUGCCUCCCAUGACUGUAGAGACAGGUCUAGACACUUAGGACUGGGAUUCCCUCUGCACUCUGCCUGUCUCCUUCCUCAUCUACACACAGUUUAGUGGGAAUAAAGCGGAAGCCCGGGCUUGGGUGACCUGACUACCUUGCUAAAAUUACCUUGUAAUCCUUGUUAAUUAAAAUUUGGAUUUGUUAAAA